AUCCAGGAAGUAAAACUACAUGUCAGGGUCAAUCAGAGAAAGAGGUUUCUCGGUGUGUGUUAUCUGAAUUUGCUCAUGAUGUAGCUUUACAAGGAGCGAGACGAUAAGAUUAUGACUAACGAUACCGUUCUGCAGUUCUUAAGAAUGUCUCUAUCAUCUGACUGUAACUUACACCUUAGUAAUUGUGGUUUAAUAAGGCGAUUUUGAAUAGUAAAUAACAGCUUUUGAAGGAGGGGGUGGGGGGGGGGCAUAUCUGUAUUUCGCUAACAGAAUUUCUUUGAAUUAUGGAAGGAAUUUUGUACAAGUGGACAAAUUACAUCACUGGAUGGCAGCCACGCUGGUUUGUCUUGGACAAUGGAAUUCUUUCUUAUUAUGAUUCUCAAGAUGAUGUGUGCAAGGGCAGCAAAGGAAGUAUUAAAAUGUCAGUGUGUGAAAUUAAAGUCCACCCUACUGAUAAUACAAGACUGGAGCUGAUCAUACCGGGAGAGCAGCAUUUUUAUGUGAAGGCUGUCAAUGCUGCCGAAAGACAAAGGUGGUUGGUGGCUCUUGGAAGUUCAAAGGCGUGUUUGACAGAUACCAGAACCAAAAAAGAAAAAGAAAUUGGUGAAACUACUGAGUCCCUGAAAACGAAGAUGUCCGAACUGAGGUUGUACUGUGAUUUAUUGAUGCAGCAAGUCCAUACAAUACAGGAAUCGGUUGAUCAAGAAGCAAACAACACACCACCCAGCAUUGAGAACAUGAAUGAAGCCUCUUCUUUAUUGAGUGCCACUUGUAAUACUUUCAUUACAACACUGGAGGAAUGUAUGAAGAUUGCAAAUGCCAAGUUCAAGCCAGAAAUGUUCCAGCUGAAUCCAUCAGACCCUGUGGUCUCUCCUGUUUCUCCGUCUCCUGUGCAGAUGGUUCGGAUGAAGCGUUCCAUUAGUCAUCCUGGCACCUACAAUUUUGAAAGGUCAAGCCACUCACCAAAGGAAUCUUUACCUUCACUUCAGCGCUUAUCACACAGAAGAACUAGAACUUAUUCAGAUACUGAAUCACACAGUGAUAGUUGCACUGAAGAUCCAGACAGGAUAGUACAGUGUUCCAAAAACAGUGUAAAUGGGGAUUUUGCUCCCACGACCAUCCCAGAAGAAACCAGCAUGGGCUCGAGGAAAAUAUCAGAGACGGAUAGUCCAAUUUUGGCAUUAUCUUCCUGAAAAUAAUAGAAGCCUGUAGUCUUAACUUUUUACACAGAAAUUGCUAUGCAAUCACUGCUGGCAUUGCAUUACUUGCAUUGUGGGAAGUACUGUAUUAUUUCCUGUAGAAGGAUUUAUUUGCACUUUAAUGAAUAAUGUAAAAAAACUGAAUCCUUAUUUUAUUGUUGUUUGUAUUUCUCUAAGUAUUUUUUUUUAUCAAUUCGCCUGAAUAAUAUGUGAAGGCUGUAAUGCGAGUUUAUAAUAAUGAUGUUAAAUAUUCCACACAAAUUAAGCUUGUAUAUCUCUAAAGGUCUGUCAGACAGCUAAAUUACUUCUUGUGUACUGGGAAAAAAUAACCUUAACACAGAGGUUUGGUGAAUGUGCCAAGGACCAAUAAAUAAUAUCUAAAUGGUG